AUGAAUACUAACCCUGCUGAUGAUCACAAGUUUGCCUCUCCCGUGUCCAGACCAAGCGAUACACCUCCGUCAAAUGUGGAAUCUUCACAAAAUCAAACAGUAGAAGCGAAAGCUAUGGCUGCUGCGAAAAAGGAAACACCUAUCACUGUGCGCACUCGUCGUCACUUUCAACAGGAACUACAUAUGAGCUCUCCGUCUGAUGCUCAGCUAUCCCCAUGCACGACUAAAUUGUUUGGAAAAGGUGGCAAAAAGGUGACGAGCGGACCAACGGCGAUUCUCAGGAAUAAGCAGCAAAGUGCAAUACCCUUCAAUCUCAACGAGUAG